AUGCAGCAGGCAGGCCGGUCAGGCGCGCAUCGCUCGUUGGUUGGAGCGCAGCUCCAUGUUCGUCGGCCAUUAUCGCGCGAAUGGUGGGGAAAGUUACGAGUUGGCACGAUGUGGAGAAGCGGCGCAGUUAGGGCUGGGGCCAGCGAAUAUCAAAUUCCCCUCGGCGGCCAGGUUUCCCCGCAGCCUUAUUAUGACUCUCAGUACUCUCGCGAGGACUAUCCUUGGGCCUCAUCGCUCGUCGUGCAUGACUGCAUGAAUGCGCUCAUCGGGCUGGACUGCCAACUCGACACUCAUGGCGUGCUCGGUUCGUCGACGUCGUCCAAAGAGAAGUGCCGCUGGCCCUACUCUCCCCCACUCUCACGAACCGCUAACCACAACCAGGCUAACUUUUAUUCCCCUUUCCCUAAAAUGGAGGGUGUGAUGAUGCUCAAGUGGGAUCUGACAUCAGACGGUCGGCUGGCGAGGAAGAAAUGCAACCUGGGUUGA